AUGUUGCACGCAUGCUAUAACAUGACAUGGGCACCAGCAUUUCGUCCUAUAGCACGAGGCUAUCUAGCUUUAGCAAUACCUGCGCUUAUAUUUCAUGUCCUAUUCUGGCUACAAGUAGCUACACAUCGUUCACUACGACAAUUAUCUAUGCUCUGGGUUUACAACUAUCUUGUGGCUGACAUGCUUCUACUUAUUCAAUUCCUUGUCGAAUAUUUUCUUCGUACAUCGUUACCAUUUUGUAUUUCAUCGAAAUUGUAUUGGACAUUCUGUAGUUUGGAAGCUUAUGCACCUAUUUUUUUUACCAUUCUUGAAGCAUAUAUGCUAGUUGGUUUGAAUAUCACGCGGUAUUAUUUAAUUGUGAAAAAUUUGGAUAUAGCUACUCGAUUUCCUUAUAUUUUCGUUCUAAUCAGUGUAUUUCUGUAUUUUGCUGGCGCGGGCCUAUUAAUAUUUCAAGUAGAACUAUUUGGAAUUGUGACGCUACAUAAACAUCAACAUACAUCGAGUUGUCAUUUACAAUAUCGUAAUAUUAUAACUCAAUUAGUAAACUUAAUCAUUGUUUUGUUGAUACCAAUCCUGCUUAAUUGUUAUUUCGUUACAUUAACAACAGUACAUGUUCGUCGGUCGCAGCGAGCUGUCAGAGCACGACAUAGUAAACAUUUACAAUUACUAGUUCAAUUCUUUGUUCUAUAUAUCUUGUGGUUAGCCUUGUGGGCGCCGAAUGCGUUCGUCUCACAUAUAGUGGCAGAUAAUUAUCCAAGCAUCUAUACCCGUUUCGGAAGUAUCACGUGUACUUUAAUUGGUCCGCUGAUUUUUAUGUUCAUUGACCGACGGUUCUUAAAAGUUUGGAAGCACACCUUGUAUCGUGUGAUUCGAUGUGAUCGACCUGUGAGCCAGAUUCGUCCAUCAACACAAAUUUUGCAACGCGUGCCUGAUGCUACCGUGAGUGGUAAAGUUGGACGACGAAGUUCGUUUGAGGUGACUUUGAAUAACAAACUCAUCUACUCGAAACUUGACAACGGUCACUUUCCUGCUUUUGACAAGAUCGCAGAGGAAGUUGACAAUGCUGCUCAAGGUCGUGAUGUCCAAACUGUGACCGAAGUUGACAAGAGUUCAUCUUGCACCAUUCUUUAA